UGGGAUUUGUUAAACUCUGGCAACAUCUCCAAAAGGGACAAAAACAACCUCCGGAUUGCUAAAGUUUUUAAUUCUUUAUAAUGUUCUCCCUGCUGCACAAAGAGGAAAACGCUCACGAUAAUGCGUUGUGGUCAUGCGCUUGGGGACGCGAUCCGAAGCCGGCAGAUAAUCAAGACGAAAGUGCCGAACCCGAGGAAGAGAAUCCUUUUGACUUCGAUAAGAAAGAGCCAAAGCCAAGGGAUUUUAUUGUGACUGGAGGUUUGGAUGAUCUGGUAAAGGUAUGGGAUCUAGCAGAUGAUAAUACAGUAAAACUAAGGCACAAGCUUAAGGGUCAUUCACUUGGUGUAGUUUCUGUGGCAGUGAGCUCGGAUGGAGAGACCAUCGCGAGCAGUUCCUUGGACUCGAGCAUGUGCCUGUGGGAUGCCCGGACGGGUGAUAAGAAACAUAUGCUUACCUUUGGCCCAGUUGACUUGUGGACUGUAGGAUUUUCACCCUGCAAUAAAUAUGUGAUCUCUGGCCUAAAUGAUGGCAAAAUAUCCAUGUACAGUGUAGAAACGGGCAAAGCCGAACAGGUUCUGGAUGCCCAAAAUGGAAAAUACACUCUAAGCAUAGCUUAUAGUCCUGAUGGUAAAUACGUGGCCAGCGGAGCUAUAGAUGGCAUAAUUACCAUAUUCGAUGUGGCUGCCGGUAAAGUAGCUCAGACUUUGGAGGGUCAUGCCAUGCCUGUGCGCAGUCUGUGCUUCUCUCCAAACUCACAAAUGUUGCUCACCGGCUCCGAUGAUGGCCAUAUGAAGCUUUACGAUGUCGCGCACUCAGAUGUCGUGGGAACAUUAUCGGGUCAUGCUUCUUGGGUUUUGUGCGUCUCUUUCUCGGAGGAUGGAAAGCAUUUUGCCAGCUCAUCCAGUGAUCGCAGUGUUAAAAUAUGGGAUACAUCCGAACGCAAAUGCUUGCACACUUUCAAUGAACAUUCCGAUCAGGUGUGGGGUGUGCGCUACAGCCUGGGCAAUGACAAGGUCAUUUCCGCAUCCGAGGAUAAAUCUCUGAAUAUUUACUAUUGUCCACCGAAUGCCAUUGUAUGAUCGCAACGGAAUAAAAAUUUACAAAACAAACUUGA